AUGGUCUCCUUGCCAAUCAGGGAUAGAUGGUUGGAGAGGCGGGACCAAGGCGAAGUAUUGGCGCCCCCAAGUGGGUGUGGUCACGCUGCCCAGCAGUGGGCGGUGAUUGGCUCGGGGCGGUGCAAGCGCAGCUUGUGCGUCACGACGCCGCCAGCUGAUCGGAGACUGGAGCCGGUGUGUGCUGGGCGCUGGGAAGAGACAGCGCCGCCGACCCCGGGCCGCCACGCCCAGGCGUUCUCGGGGCUCCUGGUGUCAGGAGCGUCCUUCGCCGCGUUCCGGGGGCUGCAGCUGCUGCCCAUUCCAAGACCUGCUGCACAGAACCGUUGGAAGUGGUGGAACAUCUGUGUCUCUCUGACGCACAGCCUGCUCACGGGAGCCGAGGCGCUGCUCGGGCUGUCGCUGUACCCUCAGAUGGUCACUGACCAGAUUCAUGGCCACCCGCCCUGGGCCCUGGCGCUGGUGGCUGUUUCUGUCAGUUAUUUCCUGGCUGAUGGAGCUGAUAUGCUGCAGAACAAGACCUUGGGCCAGACCUGGGACCUCCUCUGUCACCAUUUGGUGGUAGUAAACUGCUUCAGCACUGCUGUUCUGUCUGGCCACUCAUGCUUGUCCAUGGUGUCACUGCUCCUGGAGCUGAACUCUGUUUGCCUGCACCUGCGGAAGUUGCCGCUGCUUUCUCACCAGGCUGCAACCUUGGCCUUCAGAAUGGCCAGCUGGGCCACCCUAGUCACCCUAGCUCUCUUCCACCUGGUCCCAUUAGGGUGAAUGAGUCUGUGGCUGUUCUGGCAGCACCAGCAUGUGUCUCCUGCUCUUGUUCUUGGUGGAUCUGGGCUAGUCACUGUGGGUGCUAUGAGCAUCCUACUCAGUGUCUGCAUUCUGAUCAGUGAUGUCCUGAGCUCUCAGCCCUGUCCACCCACCCCUGGGCACAGGAAACCAUGGGAGACUAGAACACGUGAUGGUGAGCUUACCAGGCCUGACCAUAGGAACAAUUCCACUCUCAGCCUGGAAGACGAGCGAGAAGCCACAGGCUCCUUUUCCGCCAGUCCUGGCAGAGAAUCUGAGAAGAAAAGCUAA